UUCAAGCAGGGGAAAAAAAAUACGCCUUUCGCUAAAAUCCACUCAGAAACAACCCCUCCUCCUCCUCCUCACGUACAGUUUAGGAGGGGAAACACAUCAAGCCCUCCCUCAUAUUAUCACCCUCUCCAAACCCUGACUACAGAUUUCAGUUUAUUUCAGUGACUCGGGAACAUUCUACAGAACAUGGAGGGUGGGUUGAAGCCAAUGGACGCGGAACAAUUGCGAGAGAAUGCUCACAAGAUGGUAGAUUUCAUUGCUGAUUACUACAAGAACAUUGAGAGCUUCCCAGUUCUCAGCCAAGUUCAGCCUGGGUAUCUGCAUAAACUUCUGCCAGUUUCCGCACCAAACCAGCCGGAAUCAUUGCAAGAUGUUCUUGAUGAUGUGCAGACAAAGAUCUUGCCAGGGGUAACCCAUUGGCAAAGCCCGGAUUAUUUUGCGUAUUUUCCCUCCAACAGCAGUGUCGCUGGAUUUUUGGGAGAAAUGCUCAGUGCUGGUAUUAACAUGGUGGGCUUUAGUUGGAUUACUUCUCCUGCUGCAACGGAACUUGAAAUGAUUGUUCUUGAUUGGCUAGCAAAACUACUUAAGCUUCCUGAUGAUUUCCUUUCAACAGGACAAGGUGGUGGGGUGAUACAGGGAACAGCAAGUGAAGCUGCUCUUGUUGUGCUACUGGCUGCUCGUGAUAAAGUUCUGAGAACGGUUGGAAAGGAUGCCAUUGGAAAGCUUGUAGCUUAUGCAUCUGAUCAAACACAUUCGUCUCUGCAGAAAGCCUGCCAGAUUGGCGGGAUUCACCCAGAGAAUUGUAGGCUGCUGAAGACGGAUAAGUCCACUGAAUAUGCUCUUUCUCCUGAAUCACUAAGUGCAGCAAUAUCACAUGACAUCGCCGUUGGCCUAAUCCCUUUUUUCUUAUGCGGAACUGUUGGUACUACUUCAUCAACUGCUGUGGAUCCUUUGCCUGCACUGGGACAGAUCACCAAGAGUAAUGGAAUGUGGUUUCAUGUGGAUGCUGCGUAUGCUGGAAGUGCUUGUAUAUGUCCAGAAUAUAGACACUAUAUUGAUGGCAUUGAAGAAGCUGACUCGUUUAAUACGAAUGCUCAUAAAUGGUUUCUCACGAACUUCGAUUGUUCAGCUCUCUGGGUAAAGGACAGGAAUGCUCUGAUUCAGUCACUCUCAACGAAUCCAGAAUUUCUGAGAAAUAAAGCCUCUGAAGCAAACUUGGUUGUGGAUUACAAAGACUGGCAAAUCCCUUUGGGCCGCAGGUUCAGGUCACUGAAGUUAUGGAUGGUACUAAGACUUUAUGGUUUGGAAAAUCUGCAAUCUUACAUAAGGAACCAUAUUGCAUUGGCUAAACACUUUGAAGAACUCAUUUCUCAAGACCCAAGAUUUCAGGUUGUUGCCCCAAGGAAGUUCUCGUUGGUUUGUUUUUGCCUUCUGCCUCCCCAUGACAAGGAAGAUUGUGCUAACAAACUAAACGCUGACUUACUGGAUGCUGUUAACUCAACUGGGAAAUUAUUCAUCUCGCACACAGUUCUAUCCAGUAAGUACACACUACGUUUUGCGGUAGGAGCUCCAUUGACAGAAGAAAGGCAUGUUAAUGAAGCAUUGAAGGUUUUACAAGACAAGGCCACUUCCCUGCUACAAACUUUGUGAAUCUUUCUUCCUUGUGUGUCUUCCCAAGGCUUUGGUGAAAGGGUUGGAUUGGAUUCCAAGUGCCAACAACAGCAAAGACCAACUCUCAUAAUGAUCAAUACAGGGAAAGGGUUUGGGAUCCUCUAUUUGCCAAUAUUUAUGAUCUCCCGCUCGUAGUGCAUUUCCAGUCACACGAUAUAGUUGGAAUCCCGACACAGAACCCUGUGGAUACCGAAAAUUAUGGGAUGGUGUCACGGUGGACUCCUGGUCGAGGAAAAUGGCUUCAGCAUGCUCAUGCCUCAUGUUGCAAAUCCAUUCUUAAAGUUGCAUCAUAUGUAGCUUUGAAGGAGGAUUAUCAAAAGAUCAGCUUUGAUCCUAGAAGAUCACGGUUCCUUCGAAGGGUAAAUGGUGAUGUGAUCUCCAGUCCAAUGGUGGGUUGAAUAUCCUGGGAACAAUACCUUGAUUGCACCAUUUGCAGGUGCUCAUUCUUUGUGGAUGAGCAUAUCUGAUCUUAUUGUGCACACUUUCUGCAGCAGUGGUCCGUAGGAGCUACUUUAAUCAGAAUGUAUAGUACAUGCAUAUGGUGCAUAUCAAGCAACAAAAAGGAGUGGAAAUCCAAGCAUCUUGUUUUCCAAGAAUCACCAAAAGUAUAUUAUUCAAAAAGCAAUUGAUUUCCGCUC